AUGACACUGCUUUUGAAGAAUGUGUGGCGCAAUGUGCUUAAAAAUCGACCUCUUAGUAACUCAACUAUACGAUCCAGUCUUUCAUCCAGUAUCUCUGAGUUGGCCAUUUCAAAACCAUCUGAUGCUCUAAUGAUAAGCAUAAAAUCGGCUCCUAGUACUGCUGAGGUGCUUGCUGCAAUUCAAAACAACAUAGGAUCACUUACACAUAGACACAUGUUACAAGCUCUACGUACCCUUUUUGAAUUGCAGAAAUCGAAUAGUAAUGAUCCAGAGAUGCUCAUAAAGGACCCUGGGUUUAGUGUUCUUUGUCAAAAUUUCAAGAAACAUGUUCGUGCAUUGGAGGUUAAUGAAACUAUUGAGGCUAUAAAAGUACUUUCUUAUUUAAAAGUUCCUGUUGACUCUCUCCUGGUUCAGACUCUCCUGCAAUUAGUUAGAUAUAAUAUAAACAUGAUUAGUGUUAGACAAAUUAUGUUUCUGGACUUUAUUUUAUCAAGAUUUGAUACGAAGAAUCACUUAGUGGAUGCACUUAGGUUGGCUUUACCUCUUGCAUUUCAAAUUCACCUACCAUUAGAAUUAGACAACCAGGAUUUGCCCCUACUCCGUGAUAUGUUGAUGUAUUCCUGUUCUCAUGACUUACCAGACAGAUGUAUCAAUAAUAUUGUCACAGGACUCCUUUUACAUGAUCAAGCAAUUGAUGCUCACAUAGCAAGAUCUAUUAUCUGGUCUUUAUGUGAUGUGAAUUGUACUGAAAAAGUUUUCCCGACUAGAGUGCAGUUACUUCACAUUUGCUGUGAUAUUUUGUCUGAACGUAUAAAUAAAUUAUCAUAUGAGGAUGUAUUAAGAACAGCUGCAAAGUUAAAGGGUAGGAUUUUGGAAAAGCACCCAGAGUAUUAUCACCAAGAAUUGAUGGACUCUAUUGCUGGAUAUGUGAUAAACAAUAAUGUGCCAUUUGAAAAUGGUCUAUUAAUUGCCAGGGUUUUGUCAAGAAUUGCCCAUACAAAUCUCUCUCUUGUCGAGUACUUGUGUUUCCAAGCGGCCUCUAACGCACAUACAUUGACAAAUGCUCGCACCAAUAUACUCUUUGGGUUUAUAAACUGUCUUGCCAACAAUAAUUACACUCCUUCUGGGGAUGAAUGGAUGGAAAUCAGAGCGCAAAUAUCAAGAAAUCCAAUAUUAAGUGCCAAUAGCACUGCCUUGCCCUGGACAAAAGUAUGCCUUGAAUUGGCAUCUCUUGGAGUCUAUGAAGAGAGAUUGCUAAAAAAAGUCUUCUCCAAAGAAUUUUUAGAAAAGUAUUUGGCACGUGAAAGGAAUGAUUUGGAUUAUUUACAGCUGCUGACCCUACACGAAGCAGUGCACACAUUCCACAGUAAAGACUACACUCUUCCAAAUGAAGUUUUACAGAAAGCACGUAACUCAUAUCCAGUACAUGCAAUAAGUGAGGAGUUGGAGACAUAUCUGGUGAGAGGUUUAGGAAGUCCAGAGUAUGCUGUGAGGAAUGUCAUGCUGCCCUGUGGGAUUGUUGCCGAUGUAGUGUUGUGUCUAAAGAACGGUCUGCCAUUGAAGUUACCCCCUCUGAGUAGCGAACUGAAAGUUCCAUUGGAAAAACUUAAUAUACCGCCAGGAGCAGUCGUAAUAUGCAUAAUGAAUUUCAACUACGGCUGUUUCUCGAUGAACAGCAAUCGUCUACGCGGUACUUUCCGUCUAAUUAUCGAUAUUUUGGAGAAACAAGGCUAUUGGACUGUCGCCUUUAAUAUUAACGAGUGGAUCAAUGCACCUGCGCAUGAGAGGACACCCUACAUUAUGCGCGAGAUUAAUUAUAGAUGUGGUGAAAUCGGAAUGAAGUUAUCGGCAACUUGA